UAUAUAAGUAUCUCGUUCACUACGAAUUGGAAUUGCAGCCAUGUGAGAAGUUUCUGGUUCUGAUUUCAGUUUUGUAUACAAAGUUUUAUUUAAAAGUUAAACGUAUUUAAUAAAUAGCGUAUGUUCUAAUAAAAAUCCAAAAUAUGAAUGUUAUUGCAAGAACGAGUUUAAUCGUACUAAAUUGUACUAAAACAAUGAUUUUGAGGUUACAUAAUAAAUCAUACUUUGCAAAUACGACUAAUUACACAUGGACUUUAAAACCAUAUUCAAGAUUUAUAGAAAAAUAUAAAUGCUUCGUUCUAUGCCAGAGAUAUAAAACAGUUGCAGUCAAUAAAAAUUGCCAAGAUGAUCCAAUAAAAGAAAAUAUUUACAUACCUGAACAUAAAAUCAUGCAUUUAAUACUUCAAGAUUCCAUAUAUUAUGAUAAGACUAUUUUUCCACGCAUUAAAUCAAAUGCAAUAGUUACUUCUGAGGACAUAGAAGGUUUUUAUAAUGUAGAUUGGUCACAUGAAUCUCCAAAGAAUAUUUCUAAUGCUGUUAAGAAAUUGGCAUAUUCUUAUUUAAGUGGCACAUGUUUGGAAAUAUCACUUCAUGACAGGAUUUUAGAAGCCUGUAUUAAACAGCUCCCAGUAAUGCAGGAUAAGCAAAUAAAACUUUUAAUGCAAUGUUUAAUUACGUUACAUGAUAUAGUAACAGUAUCACCUGUUCAUAAAGAACUGAUGAAAGCAUUAGAUACAGAAUGUAUAAAACGAUUUUAUAAUUCAAAUACUGAGCAAAUGUUAUUAAUAAUUGAUGCAUUUUAUCAGCUUAAUGUUACAAAUCUUAAGUUUAUGUGGCGUGCAAUGAGAAAAUUGCUUUCAAAACCGUAUAGACUUUCUGGAAAAGCAUUAGUUCAACUGCUCUUUUUUCUACCUUUGAUUGAUUCAAGAUCAUUUAUAAAUAUAUUUGAAAUCGAAUAUCGGUUAGAAGAAUGCAUACAUGAACUUGUUGCAGACGAAAUAGGUAUAAUCGCAAGAGGUUUUUUUUUAAAUAAAAGGAAUAUUGGCAACAAAGCCUUAUUACCAAUAAUGAUGGAUAAAGUUAAGAAAGAUGCUACUAUCGUGAACAGUGUUACUUUAGCAGCAUUUAUGAAACUUAUUAGAUUUAGUAACAAUUUACAUUGUUUAAAAAUCUUUCAAGAAUUAUUGAAAUCUUUACAUGACGAGAUACCACGACUAUCAUUAAAAUGUCUAACCCAUAUAACACAUACAUUUGGAUCUUUUCGUGUAUAUGAUGAAAUUUUAACAAAUUCCAUUAUUCAAAGAUUAGAAAAUGAAAUCGAAACUGCAAGAGUAAAAGAUAUUGAAAGAAUUAUUUAUGGCAUAUGUACAGUUACUCCUACUACAGAUUACUAUAGCAAUGUAUGCCACAAAUUAUUGAACGAAAUAAUAUUAACUUAUAAGACUAUCAGAGCAAGUGAAAUUAAUAGCUUUCCAAUAUCAUUAGUACGUAUUCUGACAUUCUUAACAAUUAAAAAUAUAUAUGCACCAGAAUUAAUUCAACAUGUAUUUGACCCAACAUUUAUAAAAAAUACAUACAAAAAUAAUCUCAAAUUGUUGACAAAUGAAUGGCUGAUAUUACACUGCUCAGUAAAAAUAGAAUUGCCUUAUUACGAAGGUCCAUUACUGACAGAUAAUAUGUAUGAAUAUUUAGUAAAGAAAUUUCGUAAAUAUGACGAUGAUAUCUACAGAAAGGACACCAAUGUGAAAUUAAGGAUGGAAAUUGUAUAUAUCUGUAAGAAAAAAUUAGGAAUAGAUGUAUAUGUUGAUUAUAUUUUACCUCAGUAUUCAACUAGAGAUAUUGUCAUUGGUAUGGAUACAUGUAACAAUCCUAUUAAAAUUGAUUCUAUUUUAUCGGCAAUGCCGACAAACUCGAUCAAAAGUGUAAAUAAUGAUGAAUUAAAAAGAAUAAAAUGGAAAGUUAUAGUUCCAAUAAUGGUUUUAAUAAAAGUAUCAGGUCAUGAUGGUUAUAUUGGAUACAUCCUGAGAAAAUGUAGACAACUUGAAACUCUAGGAUACACACCGAUUAUGAUUUAUGAGGAUCAGUGGAAUUAUCUUGAUGAAGAAAAUAAAGAGAAAUAUUUAAAACAAUUAAUUUAUCAAGAUAUUAAAUCUAAUUCAUUUGAAUAAAAUAAUUGUUUUGAUAUGAGAAAAGGUUUCCUUAAAAAGUAAAUUCUGAAAACUUGAUGAACUUUUUGAGUCUCCAAAGUCUCUAAAAAAUAAUUAGUCUUGAAAUAUUGUCAUAUUAUAUAUAUAUAUAUGUCGGAUUAAGGUUGGAAUUUUGGGCGUUCGAUGAACUUUUCACUCAAGUUUACCGGUACAAAUGUAGGUACUACAAGAGGCUACAAGUAAUAGCGGCGAUAGGAUGGUCGCGAUGCCGAUGACAACGAAUUCAGGUUCGACAACGAAUCCACGGUCCACGGGAUGACGAGCGCCAACGCAAUACACGAUUUGGAUAACUCAAUCAGCAAUUCGCCCAACGACUAACUAACUAACUAACUAACUAACUAACUCGUAAUCCAAAUGAAACUGCCCUUAUAUAGUCCUUUUCCCAUUCCUUGGGUCAAUCUCUGUUUUUGAGGAGAGCUGCACAACUAUUUCCUAUUUCCGUUAUUACACGUCCCUCCUGUGACCAUGGGUACGUUCGGUGACUCAUUAUGUCACCUCGAGCCCAAACCCAUCGUCGUAAAUCUUAAGUGCCCGGGUAACUAUUUCUUCGUUUACUGUUGAAAUGUCGUUGUCGUAAACAUCUGGAUUGGGGUAUUGGGUUUUUCCGAACAUUCUAAAGAAAGGUCCCGAUGUCCUUCCAUCUCCGACAUAUAUAUAUACACACACAUACAAUAAUAUUAUUGUUGUAUUAUAGACAUUAAUUAUACAAGUUAUAAUAUAUAAUAUAAUAUAAUAAUAAUAAUUUUGUAUAGAAAAUCA